AUGGCGCCUUCAUACGCUGGCAUGUCGGGCCGGCCGCUGUCUCUGGCCGUGUCUACCAUUGCCACAAUGGGUUUCUUACUUUUUGGAUAUGACCAGGGUGUCAUGUCCGGUAUUAUCAGCGACAAGGCCUUUAACGAUGUGUUCACUGCAACCAGGAAUGAUUCAGUCAUGCAGGCCCUUGUAACAGCCGUCUACGAACUUGGAUGUUUGGCGGGUGCCGUCUUUGCCCUGGUUUUUGGUGACAGAACUGGUCGUCGUUGGAUGAUUUUCUCCGGAGCCGCUAUUAUGAUUGUUGGAGUUAUCAUUCAGGUGACAUCCUUCACUGGCCACAUUCCUCUGCUCCAGUUCUUUAUUGGUAGAGUGAUCACUGGUAUUGGCAACGGAAUGAAUACUUCUACUAUCCCGACCUACCAGGCUGAAUGCUCCAAGACCAGCAAUCGUGGCUUGCUGAUCUGUAUUGAAGGUGGCGUGAUUGCUAUUGGUACUGCAAUUGCCUACUGGAUUGACUUUGGGGCUCACUACGGCCCUGCUGACCUCGUGUGGAGAUUCCCCAUUGCUUUCCAGAUUAUCUUUGGUAUUAUUAUUAUGGUGGGAAUGUUCUACCUGCCCGAUUCUCCCCGUUACCUGAUCUCCAAGGACCGCAUCCAGGAGGGUGAAUACGUGCUUGCUGCGCUUGGUGGUUGGGAAGUUCAUGACCCGGAGACCCAGAUGCAGAGGAACCUGGUUAUGGAAUCAAUCAGAGCUUCCGGUGCUGGUCAGAAGACCCGCUUCAGUGAUUUGCUCACUGGUGGCCGCACGCAACACUUCCGUCGUAUGGUUGUCGGUUCCUCUUCCCAGAUCUUCCAACAGCUUGGGGGUUGCAAUGCUGUUAUCUACUAUCUCCCUGUGCUCCUUAAGGAUCUUGGUCAGGACGAUGAUAUGGCUCUAUUAAUUGGUGGUGUGAAUAUGAUUGUUUAUGCUAUCUUCGCCACUUUCUCCUGGUUCUUUAUCGAGAAAGUUGGUCGCCGCAACCUCUUCCUUGGUGGUACAUUUGUGCAGACAAUCUCCAUGGUUAUUACAUUCGCCUGUUUAAUCCCUGGUGAUAACCAGACUGCCAAAGGUGCUGUGUUUGGUCUCUUCUUAUAUAUGGCUGCUUUCGGUGCUGCUAUGUUGCCUCUGCCGUGGCUGUAUCCAGCUGAGCUGUCUCCUAUCAAGACCCGUGCUAAGGCCAACGCUGUUUCGACCUGCAGUAAUUGGCUAUUUAACUUCGCCGUUGUUAUGUGGACUCCCCCCAUGAUUUCUUCUAUUAAAUGGGGUACCUAUCUCUUCUUCGCUUGCUUGAACGCUAUCUUCCUCCCCAUCGUCUACUUCUUCUACCCUGAGACAGCCAACCGAAGCUUGGAAGAGAUAGAUAUUAUUUUCGCCAAGGGUUACACCGAAAACAUCAGCUAUGUUACCGCCGCCAAACAGCUGCCCAAGCUCUCUGAUGAGGAAAUCGAGGCUAAGGCUAUCGAAUAUGGCUUCGGUGGUACUAGCGAGGAUUCCGAGAAGGCCGUUGCUGAAUACUCUCCUUCGGUGUAA